AUGCGAGAAGUGCAGAAUGAAAAGGAUUGGCCAACGGCUAGUGAGGCUACCAUCGCCAAGACCGAAGAUCCAACCGCCCCAAUCGAUCAGCGAGAGGCGCAACAGCCGGAACAGCUGACCCUCCAUGGGCCGCAACUCUGGACGCUGGUCGCGGGACUCUAUCUGGGACUCUACCUCUUGGCCCUGGAGCUGACGAUGCUGGCGACCGUGAUCCCGACGCUCACAAGUGAGUUCCAUACCGUGGCCGACAUCUCGUGGUACGAGGCCGCCUACGUCGUCACUCUUUGCGUUUUCAUCCCGCUCGUGGGCAGGCUGUACGAGCAGCUGCGCGUCAAGCACGUCUACCUGGCCUUUAUGCUCGUGUUUGAGGCCGGCCUCGUCAUCUGCGCGACGGCCACGUCGAGCAACAUGUUCAUCGUCGGACGCGCGGUCAACGGGCUGGGCUCGUCGGGCCAGUUCAGCGGCACGAUGCUGAUGCUCGGCUCGGCGUGCCCGGAGAAGAUCCGGCCGCUCGUCACUGCGGCGGCGGUGUCCAUGAUCUCGGUCGGAUCCAUGACCGGGCCCGUCAUUGCAGGGGUGCUGACGGAUCGAGCAGGCUGGCGGUGGUGCUUCUGGAUGCUCCUCCCCAUGGGAGGCGUCAUCAUUGUCCUGCUAUUGCUGAUGAGACUCCCCGAGCCAAGCAACAAGCCCCCGGUGCUACAGGCGCUCAAGGCAUUGCCAAGACGGGUCGAUCCAUUGGGUUUCGUCCAAUUUGCAGGAGCAGUUACCAUGCUGCUUCUUGCGCUCACAUGGGGUGGCAGUACGCUCCCCUGGUCCUCGCCCACAAUCAUUGGGCUACUGUGCGGAGGUUUUGGUCUGCUUGUUGUCUUUGGCUUCUGGAUACGACACGAGAACGAAGCAGCGCUGAUCACGCCAUCUUGCUUGAGACAGCGCUCCAUCUAUGUCGGCGGGCUUGUGGUCUGUCUGCAAGGCGGCGCGUCUCAAGCCGUGCCUUUUUACCUGCCGUUGUGGUUUCAAGCCAUCAAGGGCGAUGACCCCAGCGCAAGCGCCGUCCACCUGCUGCCGUCUCUCGUGACAAUGGUAGUCGCGCUCAUAUCAUUCGGAGCCUUGGUGCGAAAGUUUCAGCGUGUUCCGCCGUGGGCGAUUGCCGGCAGCGUGAUUUCCUGCGUUGGCGCGGGACUGUUCACGACUCUUGGCCCGGCAUCCUCGGUGGGCCAUUGGGUUGGGUAUCAGAUUAUCACAAGUGUCGGUCGUGGCAUUUCGUUUCAAGCGCCCAUUACAUGUGUGCAAGAAUUCGUGCCCGCCGCUCAGUCCGCUAUGAGCAUGUCGGUCAUAAGUCUCUUCAUGCAGCUCGGCAUCGCCGUGUCCGUGUCGGCUUCGCAGACCAUCUUUGCGAAUCAACUUCCGCCCUUACUGCGCCAAUACGCUCCCCAGGUUAACGUGUCCAUGGUUCAGGAAGCAGGUGCUGCAAAUGCCCGACAUUUGAUACCUCCUAAUCAGUUUUCAAGAUUCUUGAAGGCUUAUAAUCAAGCCGUGACUGACAUGUUUUACUUUCCCAUGGCAGCUUGUGCAUUGGCCGCCGUCAUCAGCUUCGCGCUGGAGUGGAAAAGGGUUGGUGUCAAGGACGAGGAAGACGAUAUCUAA